AUGUUCCUUUAUUUUCUCCUGAUUUGCCAGAGUAUGGAAUUAGAAUUCAGUUUUCUGAAUGACACAGAGUAACAAAUGACUAAUGUUAUAAUGAAUGCUGAAUAGUAAUCAUUUAUCAAAAGAUUGGAUGAUUUAGGAAAGAUUUUGUCUGUGAAUUUUCAAAGCGAAGAUGAAUCGAGUCAAUUUUGUUCAACAUUUUAUUAAGGAGUAACUAUUCAUCAAUCUCCAUCUGGAUUUAUAUCAUUAGUACACGAAUUAGCAAAGAAGGAUAUUGAUGAAUUAAGUGAUGACGAUUUGUAUAGGGGAUAUAAUGAAAAGCUAUCCGCCUAUGCUGUGAAUCCAGAAGGAAUAAGCAUAAUAUCUUCAAAAGGGAGAGUUUAUUUUAUAGACACAAAUUCAAAGAAUUUAUCUAUUAUCAAUUAAACACUGCCAUUAUCUAAUGAUAAUUAAUAGACUACUCAAUUGAUAUUUGAUGAAAAAUCAAGAUAUUUCUAUGCUUUUUUAAAUGACAAUAAUUAGGUUGUCAAGUAUUAGUUUCUUAAUAAUGAAAUCCAACAUAAACCAGUUAGUGGAUGGACAAAGCCGAACGAUAAAUUCAGAGUUAUAGCUAGUAAUGGAAUAUUAUACUCUGCCUAAGAGUCAUAAGGUCUAUUCAUAUAUGAAAUUUAAUAGCAUGGUUUUAGGUUAAUAACAACUAUUACUGCUAAAGAUUUGUAUGAUUCUGACUCUGACUAAUUCAAAAUUGUGGAUGUUGCAGUUUCUGAUGAUAAAUUGUACAUUUUAGAUCAUUAUCAUGGAAUUACACAAUUUUAAAUACGUUCUACUAAUAUGACUUUUGUUAAAAAUGGAAAGUUGGGAUUGAUUAAAUAUUCAGAUUGCAAAUCAUUUUCAGUAAGAGGAUCAACCAUCAUUUUGAUUUAAAAUUACUAAUCAAAUUCAGAGAUAAUUGAGUUAUUCAUAUAGGGAGAUGAUUAUGUAGAAAUGCGAAAAAUUUACACAAAAAGUCAAUUGAGAAGAGCAGAUAUUCUAGAUGAUGAUUUUGCAAUAGUUCGUGGUCUUCAUGAUCAUAAAAUCAUGCUUAUUUAGAUGCCUGAUUAAUAUCUUGAUCAAGAUGCAAAACGAUUAGACAAUUAUUUCUUCAGUGGAAAUCUUUUGGGGGUGAAUAAAUUCGGUAAUACAAAUGACACUCUUUUUGCCAUUUCCCCUCAUGGAUUCUAUAUCUUUGUUUACAGAGCAUAUCCAACUAUAAUCAUCUGCAAUAGCAAUGAUAUUGACUCAGGACUCUAUUCAGCAAAUGUGUCAAUCAAGAGUACUGAUUGUGACAAGAAAACAGAUAAGACAAAUUCACUUCAAUAUUGUAUUACCAACCAUGUCUACAAUUUCGAAAUUAAAAAACCCUUGCUUUCACCAGAAUAAUAAUAAUAUACUAUAUAUCUGACCAUUAUCCUGAUAUCUAUUAUCCUUUUGUUGAUUGGAUGUAUAUUAUUUCAUUGCAGAAGCUAUCAAAUAAAAUUGGAAACUUUGGAGAGAUCAAAAAAAAAAAGAAACUUUAGACCUCCCAGUAAAUCGGAAGCAUGA